CAACACGAUUCAGCGAGAAAGCAAGAGUGGACUUAGACCUUUCUCUCUCUCUUUCUCUUUCUAUGUGAACCCUUUAACUCGUUUUGCAAGACUCUCUCUCUCUCUCUCUCUCUCUCUUAACUUCCUUUCUCUCUCCAAGAAUCAUCCCAGAAACAUUCCUUUUCAGCUUUAUAUUUUAUUUUAUUUUUUUGGGGUUUGUUUUCUCAUCUUUUAUAAGCAUCUGUCUUUUGGUCUGUGACCCUCUGUUACUGGGUUUCAUCUCAAAGAUCAUUCAUCAGCUUCUGAACUUAGCUUCUCAACAAACCUCAAAUCCAGGUUCUACUUUUCUUCUUUGCCUCCUGCAAGCAAUUGCUUCAUUUUGUUCGGAGGAGUCCAAUGAGUAACCUAAAGUUGGGGGUGGAGGUUGUGGGUGCUCAUGACCUUAUGCCCAAAGAUGGGCAGGGCUCAUCCAGUGCUUUUGUGGAGCUCCAUUUUGAUAAUCAGAAAUUCCGAACCACAACCAAAGAGAAAGAUCUGAAUCCCGUUUGGAAUGAAAGUUUCUACUUCAACAUCUCUGAUCCAAACAGCCUCCAUGGCCUCACACUUGAGGCUUAUGUUUACCAGCAUAAUAAAGCAAACAAUUCCAAAUCUUUCCUUGGAAAGAUUCGUCUCACUUCGACGUCAUUUGUGCCAUACUCCGAUGCUGUCGUUCUUCACUACCCUCUUGAAAAACGGGGGAUUUUCUCACGUGUUAAAGGAGAGCUUGGACUAAAAGUCUUUGUUACCGACAAUCCUAGUAUAAAAUCCUCGAAUCCACUUCCUGCAAUGGAUUCCUCUAUGGAUAAUGCACACGCAACCUAUGGUCCAGCACAACCACAAUCGCGACACUUUGCAAGUUCUCUCCUGAAGCCAUUCUCCAAUGAGAAAGCUGAGACAAGACACACAUUUCAUCACCUGCCAAACCAAAGCCAAGCACCAAAACAGAGCGUGCCUCAAGCAGCAGUCCAGCCUGCAGUUAACUACGGGAUGAAUGAGAUGAAAUCGGAACCAAAUGCUUCUAAAAUUGUUCGGAUGUACUCAGGUUCAUCUUCUCAACCACUUGAUUAUGUGCUCAGAGAGACUAGUCCUCACCUUGGAGGAGGGCAAAUUGUUGGAGGGCGAGUCAUACCUAUAGACAGACCUGCCAGCACCUAUGACCUUGUUGAAAAGAUGCAAUACCUGUUCGUGCGAGUUGUGAAAGCCCGUGAUCUUCCAUCCAAGGAUGUUACAGGGAGUCUUGAUCCUUAUGUGGAAGUAAGAGUUGGGAACUACAAAGGAACGACAAGGCACUUUGAGAAGAGACAAAACCCUGAAUGGAAUGAGGUUUUUGCCUUUGCAAGGGAUAAUGUGCAGUCAUCUGUUCUAGAAGUUGUAGUUAAAGACAAGGAUCUAUUGAAAGACGACUUUGCUGGUAUUGUGCGGUUCGAUCUCAAUGAAGUUCCUACACGUGUUCCACCUGAUAGUCCAUUGGCUCCUGAAUGGUAUCGCCUUGCAAACAAGGAUGGUGAAAAGAAGAAAGGGGAAUUGAUGCUUGCUGUAUGGUAUGGAACACAAGCUGACGAGGCUUUUCCUGAUGCCUGGCAUUCUGAUGCAAUUGGUGCCGACAGUUCAGGUGCCUUUGCACAUUUCCGGUCAAAGGUUUAUCAUUCGCCCAGAUUAUGGUAUGUCCGCGUAAAUGUGAUUGAGGCACAGGACUUAAUUGUAUCUGAGAAAUCCCGAUCCCCUGAUGCAUAUGUGAAGAUUCAGAUUGGUAAUCAGGCUUUAAGGACCAAAACAGUUCAAACACAAACUCAUAACCCAAUAUGGAAUGAGGAUUUCAUGUUUGUUGCUGCUGAACCUUUUGAUGAGCAUCUGAUCGUCACAGUUGAAGAUCGAGUUGGUCCAAACAAAGAUGAGACAAUUGGGAGGGCUGUGAUACCCUUAAACUCUGUAGAGAGGCGUGCUGAUGAUAGGAUCAUCCGAGGCAAGUGGUACAACCUUGAGAAGUCAUUGUCAGCUGCUAUGGAUGAAAAAAAAGAGAAGAAAGAUAAGUUCGCCAGUAGACUCCAUCUCCGUGUUUGCCUUGAUGGAGGAUACCAUGUUCUUGAUGAGUCAACUCACUAUAGCAGUGAUCUUCGUCCCACAGCUAAGCAGCUAUGGAAACCGUCUAUAGGUGUCUUAGAGCUUGGCAUUCUAAAUGCUGAUGGGCUGCACCCAAUGAAAACAAAGGAUGGGAGGGGAACAUCAGAUACAUACUGUGUAGCAAAGUAUGGUCAUAAAUGGGUGCGUACUCGUACCAUAAAUAACAGCCUGAAUCCGAAAUACAAUGAGCAGUACACUUGGGAGGUUUUUGAUCCAGCCACGGUUCUGACUGUUGGGGUUUUCGAUAACAAACAGUUAGAUGGUUCGGAAGGCAGCAAAGACGUAAAAAUUGGCAAGGUCCGGAUACGAAUCUCGACACUUGAGACUGGCCGUGUUUAUACUCAUGCUUAUCCAUUGCUAGUCCUUCAUCCUUCAGGUGUUAAGAAAAUGGGUGAGCUGCAUCUUGCAAUCAGAUUUUCAUGCACAUCAUUGGCCAACAUGAUGUUCAUAUAUUCUCGGCCACUUUUACCAAAGAUGCACUACAUAAGGCCAUUGACAGUGAUGCAGCAAGACAUGCUUCGUCAUCAGGCUGUCAACAUAGUGGCAGCUCGUCUUGGCAGGGCAGAACCACCUCUUAGGAAGGAAGUGGUUGAAUAUAUGUCUGAUGCAGACUCUCAUCUGUGGAGCAUGAGGCGUAGCAAGGCUAACUUUUUCCGUUUGAUGUCAGUUUUUUCCGGGUUGCUUUCCGUUGGAAAGUGGUUUGGGGAAGUUUGCUUGUGGAAAAACCCCAUUACAACUGUGCUAGUACACAUCCUCUUUGUGAUGCUGGUGUGCUUUCCAGAGCUCAUUUUGCCUACUGUAUUUUUAUACAUGUUCCUAAUAGGGCUAUGGAAUUUCCGUUACCGCCCAAGAUACCCACCUCACAUGAACACAAGGAUCUCAUAUGCUGAUGCUGCACACCCUGAUGAACUGGACGAAGAAUUCGACACAUUUCCAACAUCAAGGGGUACAGAAUUAGUCAGGAUGAGGUAUGACAGAUUGAGGAGUGUUGCAGGGAGGAUUCAAACUGUGGUGGGAGACAUUGCCACGCAAGGUGAGCGUGUGCAGGCGCUGCUCAGCUGGCGUGAUCCCCGUGCCACUGUUUUGUUUGUGACAUUCUGUCUUAUUGCUGCCAUUGUGUUGUAUGUGACACCAUUCCAGGUUCUAGCUCUUAUCGCCGGGUUUUACUUCCUGAGGCACCCCAGGUUCAGGCGCAGGAUGCCCUCGGCCCCUAUUAACUUCUUCCGGCGGCUGCCAGCAAGGACAGAUAGCAUGCUGUAGAAUGUAGAUUGUCAAGUUGUUAUUUGUAUUUUUGGCAUGUCAGUAUUUUGAUUUCGGCAUUAUCUUUGGCAGGCUUGUAAAAAAGAAAAAUCUUUGCUGCAUCUCCUUCUGUUGUGUUUAUUUUCUAUGUGUGAUGUUAGUUGGAAACAAAGGAAAAAGAAAAAAAGAAAAAAAAAAAUAUAUAUAUAUAUAUAUAUAUGUAUGAAUUCUGUUUC